AUGGCUGACAAAGUGGCCUACACCGGCCGUGCAGGCACACAGACACAGUCGCUGCCGCCUCCGAGCCUCCCUCAACUGGUAGCCGAGCAGAACGUGCCCAUCGCCAGCAGCGACAAGGACACCAAGCGCCUGAUCGUAGUCCUGUCCAACGCGAGCCUUGAGACGUACAAGGCCUCGCAUGCCGUCGGCCGCAAUGGCAUGAAAGAGAACAAAUACUCCCUACUCAACAGUGACGAGCAUAUCGGUGUGAUGCGCAAGAUGAAUCGCGACAUUAGUGAUGCUCGCCCGGAUAUCACGCAUCAGUGCCUGCUCACCCUUCUCGACUCGCCCGUCAACAAAGCGGGCAAGCUUCAGAUCUACAUCCACACAGCCAAGGGUGUGCUCAUUGAGGUCUCGCCUACCGUCCGCAUCCCGCGUACCUUCAAGCGCUUCGCCGGUCUCAUGGUCCAGCUACUGCACAACCUGAGCAUUCGCUCUACCAACUCGCAGGAGAAGCUGCUGAAAGUGAUUAAGAAUCCAAUCACCGACCAUCUCCCGCCAAACUGCCGCAAGGUCACCCUCUCCUUCGACGCUCCCGUCGUCCGUGUCCGAGACUACAUCGGCGACCUCAACACCAAGGAAAGCGUCUGUGUGUUCGUCGGUGCAAUGGCCAAGGGCGAGGAUACCUUCGCCGACCAGUUCAAGGACGACUCAAUCAGCAUCAGCAACUACAGCUUGAGCGCCAGUGUCGCCUGCAGCAAGUUCUGUCACGCCGCCGAGGACGCCUGGGACAUUAUUUAG